AUGCUGUCCCCGCGCGUGCCCUUCCUCAUGGAGGAAGAGCACGGGGUUACCGCUUCCGGCUGUGCCAGCUGCCCCAGGCUGACGUGCGAGCGGGACGGCUGCCAGACCGAGUUCUGCUACCACUGCAAGCAGAUAUGGCACCCCAACCAAACGUGCGACAUGGCCCGCCAGCAGCGGGCACAGGCGCUCCGCGUACGGACCAAGCACACGUCGGGCCUCAGCUACGGCCAGGAGUCCGGCCCGGCAGAUGACAUCAAGCCGUGUCCCCGCUGCAGCGCUUAUAUCAUCAAGAUGAAUGACGGCAGCUGUAACCACAUGACGUGCGCCGUGUGCGGCUGCGAGUUCUGCUGGCUCUGCAUGAAGGAGAUCUCGGAUCUGCAUUACCUCAGUCCCUCUGGCUGUACGUUCUGGGGCAAAAAGCCAUGGAGCCGUAAAAAGAAGAUUCUCUGGCAGCUGGGCACGUUGAUCGGGGCUCCUGUAGGAAUCUCUCUCAUUGCUGGCAUUGCCAUUCCCGCUAUGGUCAUUGGCAUCCCGGUGUAUGUUGGGAGAAAGAUCCACAGUAGGUACGAGGGAAAGAAAACAUCUAAGCACAAGAGGAACUUGGCCAUUACUGGUGGGGUCACCCUGUCUGUCAUUGCCUCCCCCGUCAUCGCUGCGGUCAGUGUUGGUAUUGGAGUCCCCAUCAUGCUGGCUUACGUGUACGGAGUCGUGCCGAUCUCGCUGUGCCGAGGUGGUGGCUGCGGAGUUAGCACAGCCAACGGGAAGGGUGUGAAGAUAGAGUUUGAUGAAGAUGAUGGACCUAUCACAGUGGCUGACGCCUGGCGAGCCCUGAAGAACCCCAGCAUCGGUGAGAGCAGCAUCGAGGGGCUGACGAGCGUGCUGAGCACCAGCGGGAGCCCCACGGACGGGCUCAGCGUCGUGCAGGGCAACUACAGCGAGACGGCCAGCUUCGCCGCGCUGUCCGGCGGCACCCUGAGCGGCGGCGUCCUCUCCGGAGGCAAGGGCAAGUACAGCAGGCUGGAAGUGCAAGCAGAUGUCCAGAAGGAGAUUUUCCCCAAAGACUCUGUUAGCUUGGGGGCUAUCAGCGACAACGCCAGCACUCGAGCCAUGGCCGGCUCCAUCAUCAGCUCCUACAACCCCCAGGACAGGGAGUGCAAUAACAUGGAGAUCCAGGUGGACAUCGAAGCCAAACCAAGUCACUACCAGCUGGCCAGCGGCAGCAGCACAGAGGAUUCUCUGCACGUCCACACCCAAAUGGCAGAGAAUGAGGAAGAGGAGGAGGAGGAGGAGGAAGAGGACGGCGAGCAGGAGCAGCCAUGCAAACACCAAAGCUGCGAGCAAAAGGACUGCAUUGCCAGCAAAACCUGGGACAUCACCCUGGCCCAGCCCGAGAGCAUCCGGAGCGACCUGGAGAGCUCCGACAGCCAGUCGGACGACGUGCCCGACAUCCCGUCGGACGAGAGCGGCUCCCCCCGCUCCCAGACCGCGGCCGCCCGCCCGCGUCCCCCCGGAGCCGAGAGCCCAAGUGCCCCCCUGGGCCACUGUGCCCACGCAGAGGGCUACCGGCUCGAGGAGAUGGUCCAGCUGGAGUGCAUCGAAGCCAGAGUAUGAGGGGCCUCGCGCGGAGGAGCUCGCGCUCUCCUUGCAGCUUUCGGGCAGGGUCGUGUCCGUGUCGGCUUCUGUCUGCAGCUCUCUAGUUGGCUCCCCGGCCUCGCCUGGGGGAGCUGCUGUUUCGUACAUGACAAAAGA